AUGGCUCUCUUGAUGUCUGGUUUCUUGCAGGUGUGGUUUCUCAUAGCUUCACUUGGAACACUUUACUCUAUUGAAAGAGCUGGACGUCGCAUUUCUUUCAUGGUCACUGGUGCCGCCAUGUCAGCUGUUAUGGUUGUACUAGCCGUCAUGAUAGCUAUUGACACCAAGACAUCCGGCAUUGUAGCCACCGUCAUGAUCUUUGCCUAUCAAGCUUUCUACACUUGGGGUUUCAUGGCUGGAGUCUGGACAUACGGCCCGGAGAUUUUACCUCUUGAGUACCGAUCUAAGGGUGUAGGUCUGGCAAACUCAACUCUUUGGCUUUUUGCCUUCGCCGUGACAAUGUUCAUCCCAUCUGCCAUCACAAACAUAGGCUGGAGGACUUAUAUCAUCUUUGCCGUUUUCAACCUCUCUUACGUACCCAUAGUCUACUUUUUCUUCCCAGAGACUAGUGGGUUGACUUUAGAGAUGGUUGAUCUUGCAUUUAUGGAUGAAACAAAGAGCCCUGUGAAGCGAGCAGCUGAGAUCCGGAAGAUGCUGAAGAACAACGAGCAUGUCACUCUUGCUGAAGAGAUUGCUGCAAAGGUGGACCUUGGGGAAACAAGCGAACAUGUAGAGCAGAAGGUUUAG